AUGAAAUUCUUCAGUGCGCUAAGGAAACCUGCCAUCAUCAAGAGAAAAAACAGUGUUGCAACAGAAGUAACAGAAGUUUCCCAGUCAGAUAGUUCUAGAUCUAAUAGCAGUACUGCAAGUCCUCGUAUUCCAUCUACUCCUGCAUCAUUGGCGCAAUCAACAGCUUCAUCUUCAAGUGGUCAGUUAAACUUUCAAGAACUUUCAGAAGAUGUUAUUAUGUCUUCCGUACCAAUGAUGAGAAUCAUUAGUUCACAGCUUGAAAAAAAAUACUUCGAAUGGGGUAGACAAAGAGAUACUAAUGUUUGGACAUGCUCUGUCAAUGAUCAAGAGGAUCGUCUAAUUGAAAAGAUCUCAGUAAUCGGAACGAUUUUCUACUUAGAGUUAGAAGAUCAAACAAAGACAAGUUUCCCAUUAAUUGGUAAAUUUUCUACAGAUUCUAAUGCAGUCUUUAAUGAAGAUUCUAUUAUGUUUGUAGACCCUUUAGUGUCUAUUCGUUGUGAAAAUAAUCAACUAUUGAACUCUUUACAGAAACUAAUUGCAUUAGCUUUAUUUGAACAUUUUUCUGUGUACAAAUCCUUAACAGGUUCCCUUAUUUCUUCAAUUGGGUUGAGAAUGCCUGAUAUUAAUAUGAUUUUGAACUCCCAAUUCAAUUUCAAGGAUUGGUGUGACAUUUACAUUCCUGAAGAAGGUUGGGUUAGAUCAUGGUGCCAUAUUAAUAAAAUGUCUAAAAAGACAGAUAAGUACGAACCAAAGGGGAAAUAUCAGAUUAAAUUUUAUAGACAUAAUAAAUCAGCCAAUCCAAGUUCUAAUGCAAAUCUCAUUUGUUACAUUCCAGAUACGAGUUACGUUCAAGAUAUAUUUUUUUAUAAUGGAGAAGAAACUACACAAACACCUAUAUCCAAUCCUACAUCUUUCUUGAGCAACAUAACAACUGUGAAACUUGUGGGUGACGUACUAUACCCUGACGAGACUCCUGCAUUAAGGACACCUUCAACAAGUAGUAGUAUCACUAAACAAUUAAUAUCUCCAAAGAGAGAUGUUUCUACCAAGGCUGUCAAAUCCUCUAAAUCAUCUUCAUUCAGGACAAAAAAAAACGGUGUAUUGAUAAGACCUCUACCUCAUCAUGGACUUUCACAUUUUGAUGCAAUGAUCAAAUUUAUUAUCCCAAUGAUGGAUGUAACAAGGAAAUAUGGCCGUCCAACACAAUUUGUUGCUACAACAAAUGAAGUUGACUCGUUGAUGUUUGGUCUACCUAAAUUACCUAAUACAAACUAUUUCAAAGAAUCAGAACUUGAAACAAUAAUUAAUGAUAAACAAAUGGAAUAUUUGGAAAGCACCGAAACUUUAGCAUAUUCUAUGAGUUGGAUUUCUGAACUUUUAAAGGAAGCAUUUGAGAUCAAUCCUGAUAGAUAUUAA